AUGGCUUCGUUUGAAAGAUUACGACAGAUUUGGGAAGAUCGCACUCCAGGAGAGCUAGAACAAUUGCAAAAGCCUAUUUUGAAUGAAGCACCGCCUCGACCGCCAAUUUCGACCAAGCCAUCAAAGUCCUCUUAUUCUUCUGAAUCGCUCCCAACAUUAUCUAAGCAUCGAAGAGCACCACCUGAACCGCCAACAAGCCGGCUAGCGCCACCAAUUCCUCCAAAACAUACAAAAGCUAGCUUCAGCUCAGACAAUUUACAUCAGAGACCUACAGCGACCCCAUCACCCUCACCUAACCCUUAUUUGGUUGAACGAAGUCACACUGCAAUUCCUUCAAACUCGAGUGCAACUCUCUCAAAUAAUGGUUACUCUAGUGAAAGCGAUGAAGAUGAAUUUUACGUUGAUGAUAGUUCUGUGGCAGGUCCACAGGCUAGACGUGCGCCAAGCAUACUACCCGACGUUUCCCAUGCCAAUAGGCGCGCUCCAAAACUAAAGUUGUACCACUCCGUUAGUUCAAAAGGUCACUUCUUUAGUGCGGCUUCGUCAAACAAUUUUGUCGUAACUGGUAGUCAUCACUUACGUAUUUAUGACGCAUCAAAUUCAAACAACAGCGAUGUACCAUUCUUUGAAUCUCCAGAUAAAGACACAAGAAUAACUUCAAUAACAUUCAAGCAAUCGAAUGGCUCUGUAUUUUGGGGCGGAACUAAGGACGGUUCGUUGUUUGAAAUGGAUGCAAUCGAUGGGACAUGCUUUGAUUGGAAGACGUACGAACAUUCAGGUGCAAUCAUUGGUAUAUGGAGACUGAACAAUCAUAUGAUCUCACUUGAUGAUGCUGGAGUUCUUAAAGUCUGGUUACCUGUCACGCAUUCAGAUGGUAGCGUUAUACCCACACUCAAAUCACCAACCAAAUUAUUCCGCAUCAACUCUGAUAUCACAUUUGCUAACUUCCUAGGCGACAAACUUUGGCUGGCCUCUUCUACCAGUCUAAGCGCUGAUCCGAAUGUUGUAAAGACGAUCACUUUAAGGGUUUAUGAUCCAAUAGGUGCUACGUAUGGUGGCCAAUUAAACCUAACACCUAAUCCUCUUAUACCCUCAUCAACAGUUCAACAAUUAGCAGUCACAAGUGGUACAGUAAUACCUUCAGUACCUGAUAAAAUAUACCUUGGACAUCAAGGAGGUUUCGUUAGCGUUUGGAAUGGCAAAGACUUCACCUUUUUAGGCGCUCUUAAAGUAUCAUCCACUCAAGUUGAUGCUUUAGCUGGUGUUGGUGGCUAUUUAUGGGCUGGUUUCCAUAGCGGUAGAAUCAACGUCCUAGAUACAAACCAGGGCUCAAUGACUGACUGGAGAGUGGUACAAACUUGGCAGGCUCAUAAAGAAAAAGUGUUGUCUAUACAAGUUGACACUGCUUUAUUGGAAACUGGUAUGCUGGCUGUGAUUACAACAGGCGCAGAUUGGAAUGUGAACUACUGGGAUGGUAUGUUGAAAACUGCCCAUGUCUCUACGGAAUUACAAAACAGAGAAAAUACGUUCUGCUCGUUUACACCGGUUAAUUUGCUAAUAGUGUCGUGGAACACUGACGCUUCAAAACCUUCCGAUUUAAUUGAUAGUCAUAAAAGUGGAUUUUUUUCAAAGUCAAGCCAUACCAAUAACGAUAAUUCAUCAUUUCUUCGAAAAGCACUAUCAAGUACUGAAAGUCCUGAUAUCAUUGUCUUCGGGUUUCAGGAAUUGAUAGAUUUAGAAGAUAAGAAGCUCACUGCCAAAACCAUGCUGCUACCUAAGAAGAAAGCUGACAGCGCAUUGUCUGAACGCAUCUCUCACUCUUAUAGGCUGUGGUAUGACCAUUUGGUCAUGGAAGUCGAAAGAAAUAUGCCAAAAAGUAGUCCAUACGUUGUAUUGCAUGCUGAAAACUUGGUUGGAUUAUUUACUUGCAUCUUUGUUCGUAAAGAGAACAGGGAAAAUUUAGCUGACGUUGCCAUUACAACUGUUAAAACUGGACUAAAGGGUAGAUAUGGCAACAAAGGUGCUAUUAUAUCUAGAUUCGUCCUCGAUGACUCCUCUUUCUGUUUCAUUAAUUGCCAUCUUGCUGCAGGACAGAAGCAUACGAAGCAACGUAAUCAAGACUUAGUUUCAAUAUUGGAAGAAAAGGUAGCUUUUGCAAACGAUCCAGUCAGAUCUGAGCUAAGUUAUGUUAAUGGAGGUGAUGGAUCCAGUGUCUUUGACCAUGAAACAACAUUCCUCAAUGGCGAUCUUAAUUAUAGAGUUGAUCUUCGUCGUGAAGCGGUUUUACCAGCAAUAACAAAAUCAAACUUUGAAUACCUACUAAAUCACGAUCAACUUAACAAACAAAUGGAAACUAACGCACAAUUCAAAUUAAGAGACUUUAAAGAGCCACCAAUAACUUAUGCACCGACAUACAAGUAUGACAGAAAGACAAAUGUUUAUGAUACAUCGGAUAAGAGAAGAACACCUGCCUGGUGUGAUCGAAUACUAUCACGUACAGUACACUUGCCAAGAGUUAGCAAUUUACAUUACAAGAGGUAUGAAGUGAACGUCUCAGAUCAUAGACCGAUUUCGGCCGCUUUUCAAGUACAGACAAAAAAGAUUGAUCAUGCAAAGAGGAGUAAUGUCUUGUUAGAUGUUGAGAAUGAGUUUGGCAGUAUAUUUGCUGAGACUAUAAAUGAUGAAAAGAGGUAUUAUGAAUACAAGUAA